UAAACCCGCCAUAACCAAAGCACAGAUAAAGAGAAACCCUGGAAAUCAAACCCUAAAACUCAAUUUUCAUUAAAAUCUCCCUAACUAGAAGACGUGUUUGAUCUUCAAUCUGAUGGGAAAGGGCGAUGGUAAUCAGCAGUUGGUCGCGGCGAAGAGGGCGUACCAGCACGCCAAAGCGGAGGGCAACCGCCAGGAGGAGGCAAGGUGGGCGAAUGUGAUAGGCGACAUCCUCAAGAACCGAGGAGAGUACAUCAAGGCACUAAGGUGGCUUCGCAUCGACUAUGACAUCUCUAUUAAGUACUUGCCAGAGAAGCAACUGCUCCCUUCAUGUCAGUCGCUCGGUGAAGUCUAUCUCCGCCUUCAGGAUUACGAACACGCAUUGGUUUAUCAGAAAAAACAUUUAGAUCUUGCUAAGGAUGAAAAUAAUCUUAUUGAACAACAAAGGGCAACUACUCAACUAGGGAGAACAUACCAUGAAAUGUUCUUAAAGUCCGAUGAUGACCAUUGCUCGCUGAAAAAUGCUAAGAAGUAUUUCAAGUUGGCAAUGGAACUUGCUCAAACACUGAAGCACAGUCAGUUAUCUGAAAGGUUUUCAUUUCUAAAGGAGUACAUUGAUGCACAUAAUAACCUAGGAAUGCUUGAAAUGGAUAUUGAUAACUUGGAGGAAGCCAAAAAAUUUCUUUUGAAGGGACUAGAGAUCUGUGAUGAGGAAGAGUUGAGUGAGAAUGAUGAUGGGCGAAGUAGGCUCCACCAUAACCUUGGAAAUGUUUACACAGAACUAAGGAAAUGGGACAAAGCAAGAGAGCAUAUUAAUAAGGAUAUUCUAAUCUGUAACAAAAUUGGACACUGCCAAGGGGAGGCUAAGGGAUAUAUAAAUCUUGGCGAGCUGCAUUACAGGGUUCAAAGGUAUGAUGAGGCUAUGACUUGUUACAGCAGGGCUCUUCAAUUAGCUAAGUCAAUGGAAGAUGAGGAUGCUCUGAUUGAUCAAAUAAAUCAAAACAUGCAAACAGUAAGGGAAGCACUCAAGGUAAGGGCUGAAAUGGAAAAAGAAGAACAGGUUCUAAAGAAGAUAGCAAGGAAAAUGGAAAUGACGAGAGGGACAGAUGGUGAGAGAAAGUGCUUACUGCAACAAUAUUCAUCUCUUGAUCAUCUCAUUGAGAAAGCCAGCAUUAUCUUUGCUUGGAUGAAAUAUCAUGCAUAUGCCAAGAAAAAAAAGAAAAUAGCAAGCCAGCUGUAUGACACAGUGAAGUUGGGUGAUUCGUUUCUUGCCAUUGGAGAGUCAUAUCAUAAGCUCCGGAAGUUUGAUAAGGCUCUGAAAUGGUACACAAAGAGCUUGGAAAAAUACAAGUUAAUUGGCAACCUGGAGGGACAAGCACUGGCAAAAAUCAGCAUUGGAAAUACUUUUGAUUCUAAAGGUGACUGGGCAUCUGCUUUGGCUGCUUACAAAGAGGGUUAUAGUAUUUCUGUUAAAGCAAACAAGCCUACUACUCAGUUGGCUGCUCUAGAAAACAUGCACUAUAGCCAAAUGAUCAGAUUUGAUAAUGUUGAAGAAGCCAGGAGGCUACAGUUGUCAAUUGACAAAUUAAAGCAGUCACAAAGCAAAGAUCUUGGAGUGCCAGAUCUUGCAGGGGACUUGUGUUCUGAAACUGAAACCGAGGCUGACCAGUCACCUGAUGGUGAGUCAGAUAUGAGUUUUUCACCAACAAAAAGUGAAUUUGGUGAUAAAAAAUCAGAAUUUCAUGCCACUGCUGAUCAUUCAUGUGAAUAUUUACCCUUGACAUCAUUGCUUGAUCCUAAUAAAAAGCUUGCUAAGCUGAAAACUACUAGUGUAGCCCGUACCAAGCCACCUGAAUGUUCACCUAGAAGCUUAUCCAAAUCAAGUAGUAGUCAGACUGAGACAAUCAGUCGUAAACGUACCCGCAUUAUUCUUUCUGAUGAUGAAGAUGAAAAUGAUGAGGUUCGUUGCUCUGGAGGGAUUGUCAAUCGAGGUGCUGAAGAUAAUCAGGCUUUUUCCUCCCAUGAUAUGUUCCACAAGUUUGCUGUUGAAGAUGUUGCAACAUCAGAUGAUUUUAAAAUUGGGAAAAAGCAGUGUAAUCACACUCAUGAGGUCCAAGUGGAUGCCUCACCAGUAGCCUCAAAAUGUAAAAUCAGUGCUUGUACAGCUAUCAACUUUGAAGAAAGCACCUGUUCUGAAAAAUCCAGAACUUCAAGAUUAGAUCCAAAGGAUAAAAAAGAUAUCAGAUUUUCAAGUCCACACAGAGCUGUUGAAAAUUCCAAUUUUAGUGCCAAUGGCAACAUACUACAUGCUAGUAAUGUUUGUGGUGAUGAGCAUUGUAAGCAUAUUAUUGUUAAAAUUGGUGAAGACUAUAUCCAUAUAGAACAAGACUCGUGUAUUGUUGGCUCUGAUCUCAGCAUAGAACAGAUGAAGAUUGAAGUGGCAUGUAUGUACUACUUACAACUGCCUGCUGAGAAGAGAUCAAAAGGCCUAGUUCCAGUUAUUCAACAUGUGAAAUAUGAAGGGAGGGUUCUGGAAUCCUUUGAGGCAAUUGAUAUUCUAGAUGAUCACAUCAACAGAAAAAGCUGCAUUGAAGUUUCACUUGGUGCUUGGGUACCUAAGCCUUUGGUGGAACUUUAUACUGAUUGCUGUAAGGAGUUAUCUGAGUCACCCAACAUGAAAGUUCUCAAGAAAUUGUAUAAUCAAGAGGUGUCAGAGGAUGAGAUAGGUGUAUCUGGCUGUGAAUUGCAAGAUAUAUCAGUGGCGCCGUUAGUGAAUGCUUUAAAUAAGCACCAGACAGUUGCUUCUUUAGACCUUUCGCACAAUUUGUUAGGCAAUGGAACAAUGGAGAAGCUUAAAAAAGUAUUUACCUCAUCACAUCAAAGUUAUGGUGGUCUGGCCUUGGAUUUGCAUUGCAAUCGAUUUGGUCCAACUGCUUUAUUUCAGAUAUGCGAGUGUCAUGUACUCUAUAGUCGGCUGGAAGUGCUUAAUAUCUCCAGGAAUCGUUUGACUGAUGCAUGUGCAUGUUACCUUUCAACCAUCUUGCAAAAGUGCAAAGCUCUUUAUAGUUUAAACAUAGAACAAUGUUCCAUCACAUCAAGAACAGUUCAAAAGGUUGCUGAUUCACUGGAUUCAGGAUCUGCACUCACGCAUCUUUAUUUAGGAUACAACCAUCCAGUGUCUGGAAAUGCGAUGAUUAAUGUCUUGGCUAAGCUUGCUAAUUUGAACAAUUUUCAAGAACUUAAUUUGAGUGGAGUAAAGUUGAGCAAACCUGUGGUGGAUAAGCUCUGUGAGCUUGUUAAGAAUACUAGCUUGUCAGACUUGAUACUUGGAAGUACAAAUAUUGGAAAUGAUGGGGCACUCAAGAUUCUUGAAUCAUUCUCGGAGAAGACUCGAGAAACAGGGAAACUUGACCUCUCAUCUUGUGGAUUAACUUCUGUCUACAUUGCAAGAUUCAAUAUUGAAGUUUCUCUCAUAAGUUAUAUUCUUGAGCUGAAUCUUGGAGGAAAUCCCUUAAUGGAAGAGGGUGGUAAUGAAUUGGCAUCAUUGCUUAGCAAUCCUCAAUGCUGCUUAAGAGUUUUGAUACUGUGCAAAUGCCAACUUGGGCUUGUUAACAUACUCAGGAUACUUAAAGGGCUAUCAGAAAACUGCCAUUUGGAAGAGCUCAAUCUUGCUGAAAAUGCACAUUUUGGUGAAAUCCAUACAUAUCCCAAUCGCUUGAAAUCACAAUCUGAGCCACCUAUACAUCACAUGGUCGAAGCUUCUGAGAAAGAGAUAUGCACAAUGAACAUGGAUUAUAGUCAGCUUGAAGUUGCUGACAGUGAAGAUGAGGGUGGUGCUGCUACCUCUGCUCCAAUUUACAAGCGCACCGGGACAACUACUCAGGAUCCUUCGAACUCAGAGUGGGAGUUGAUUGAAGAGCUUUCGACGGCUAUCAAAAUGGCAAAACAUCUGCAACAGUUGGAUCUUAGUAGUAAUGGUUUUGGUCAAGAAGCUGGACAAAGGUUAUAUGGUGCAUGGACAUUGCAGUCAAGAUGUGGUAUAGCUCAGAAGCACAUUGAGGGGAAUGUAAUCCAUUUGUCAGUCCAGGGAACCAAAUGUUGCGGCACAAAGCCAUGCUGCCAAAGGGUAUAAGUUUAGUUACAUCUAAGUAUCUAACAUGCGACAUCUGUUGUUAAGAGAACAAAACUAUUAGUACAUAAAAAUAAAGGUUUGAAGGCAGAGCCCGGAAAUAUCAACUCCAGCUUUGUAUUUAAGAUUGAAUUAAAAGUCUAUAAAUAUAAUG